CUCUUAACCAUGACUCCCACCCCUCCUGUGGCAUAUUUUCUUCCUGCAGAGGGAAUCCCAGAGCUUUCUUUAUUUCUUUAAAUGGAGAAUGACAGUUGGCCAGUGCCAUUUUCCCCCUUUAAGCCUCAGAACUGGAUCUUGCAGGCAUUUGCCAAAUUGCUUGGAACAGCAAACCAAUCAUUUGGAUCAAUAGGGGGAUUUCAAUGCUAUUGCUGAUCAAAGUGAUAGCCUUUCAUGCUGCUCACCCUCACAUUGGUGUUUUCCUCCCCAUACUUCCUCUCCAACCUCCCAAGCAAGGAUUGGAGCUUGAAGAGGAGAUGGGAGGUGGGACCACAGAAGACCUCCAACCCUCUGUGGCUGGGUUGGGAAUUUCUGUAGGCUGAAUUAGGCCUGUGGGCUGAAGGUUCCCUGACCGUGCUCAAAAAGGUUAUGUAAAUUUUAAGUAUUACAAAAGUGUUCAACCAGUUGUGUGUAUGAAAAAUCAAGAUGAAAUCCAUUUUUAUAAGGCAUGUACAAUUUUAAAUAAUGGUAUGUGCAAGGGGGGAUAUAAGAACUCUUUUGUGCUUAUGAGAAAAAAAAUCAGGGUUAAUAUGCUCUUUGGCACUUCAUUUCAUAUUGCUUUACUUGGAAAAUAAUUACAGAGGUUGCUGAUGAAUAGAGAUAAUGGAAAUUUCUGUAUGCAGUCUGCAGUUUUCCCAGCAUCAAGGUCUAUAAAAUAAAAGGAGCUCUAUAAUAACUGACUAAGCAUCUCUAUUAAAUAUACACUUAAUCCUUAUAACUCAUUAAAACAUUAAAAUCCAUUGCAAACAUGCUGGGUUGCAGUAAAUAAAUAUUUUUAAGUAGUUUGUUCUCAGCUUAAUUCUUUUAUUCUUGUUCCCAAACAUGUGAACUUUGAGGCAUGGUUGUUAUAAAUAGCAUUGCAGCAUUCCCUGACUGAUUCCUGGUGUUUUAUACCAAAACAUUUCAUUUUUUAAAAAAAGUAUCAAUCAAAAAUUGAUAAGAGGACAAUACUGUGGCCAUUAGAAAGUUUCUAGGUAGCCAUAGGAUUAUUUGGGUGACAGUUCUGGCCUUGGAAACAUGUUCUAAGGUUGGAGAUGGUUUUUUGAGCUCAGAGAGGUCUUUCCCCCUGAGCAGGCUGCUUCAUCGUAGCUGUGAAUGCAGCUUCACAGAAGAGGUUGAGUGGUGGUCUGGAUGAAGGGGAGGAGUUAUCCUGAGAGUGCCUCAGCCUCCUUCCCUUGUGCUGCUGUGCACAACACUUAAACAGCCACAAUCAUAUGUCUCAAUGUUUUACAGGGUGCAUGGGAUCCCAUAGGAUUGCUCCAUAAAUGCUCUGGGGCUUAAGGACUGCUUACUCACAUAUGGACUUGCCAAGAUUUGAGAUCAAAUGAUGUGACAGUCUGUGAAUGAGAGAGAGAGAGACAGAGAGACGGCCGUGCACAGGGUUCAGUUUCACUAGCUUUGAAGAGCAGUGCAGCUCAAAAUGCCGCCUCCCGCGGAUAUCGUAAAAGUGGCGAUAGAAUGGCCUGGUGCCUACCCUAAGUUGAUGGAAAUUGAUCAAAAAAAGCCACUGACUGCAAUCAUUAAGGAAGUCUGUGAUGGGUGGUCUCUUGCAAACCACGAGCAUUAUGCACUGCAACACGCAGAUGGUUCCAAUUUCUAUAUCACUGAAAAGAAUCGCAAUGAGAUUAAAAAUGGAGCAAUUCUUCGAUUAACUACAUCACCAACCCAAAAUGCACUUCAGCUCCAUGAAAGGAUCCAGUCUUCUAGUAUGGAUGCCAAGUUGGAAGCACUGAAAGACUUAGCUAGUUAUUCGCGUGAUGUAACAUUUGCCCAAGAAUUUAUCAAUCUAGAUGGUAUUUCCCUUCUAACACAGAUGGUGGAAAGUGGCACUGAACGAUAUCAGAAAUUACAGAAGAUAAUGAAGCCCUGCUUUGGGGAUAUGCUGUCCUUCACACUGACUGCAUUUGUGGAGCUGAUGGAUCAUGGAAUUGUAUCCUGGGACACAUUCUCUGUGGCUUUCAUAAAAAAGAUAGCAAGUUAUGUGAGCAAGUUUCCUACUGAUAUUGCUAUAUUGCAACGGUCACUAGCCAUCUUGGAGUCGAUGGUGCUGAAUAGCCACGAUCUAUACCAGAAGGUGGCACAAGAGAUAACGAUUGGCCAGUUAAUCCCACAUCUUCAAGGGGCAGAUCAAGAAAUACAAACUUAUACUAUUGCAGUAAUAAACGCACUUUUCCUCAAAGCACCUGAUGAUCGAAGGCAGGAAAUGGCUAAUAUUUUAGCUCAGAAACAACUUCGGGGAAUCAUCUUGCAACAUGUUAUCAGAGCUCAGAGGGCCAUCAAUAAUGAAAUGGCACAUCAGCUUUAUGUCCUGCAAGUGCUCACUUUUAACCUACUGGAAGACCGAAUGAUGACCAAAAUGGAUCCUCAAGAUCAGGCCCAGAGAGAUAUCAUAUUUGAACUACGAAGAAUUGCUUUCGAUGCAGAAUCUGAACCCAACAAUAGCAGCGGCAAUGUUGAAAAACGCAAAUCGAUGUAUACCCGUGAUUACAAAAAACUUGGCUUUAUUAACCAUGUGAACCCUGCAAUGGAUUUUACACAGACUCCUCCAGGCAUGCUAGCCCUCGACAACAUGCUAUAUUUUGCCAAACAUCAACAGGAUGCUUAUAUUCGGAUUGUCUUAGAAAACAGCAGCCGAGAAGACAAGCAUGAAUGUCCGUUCGGUCGAAGUAGUAUUGAAUUAACAAAGAUGCUGUGUGAUAUCCUGAAAGUAGGAGAAUUACCCAGUGAGACCUGCAAUGAUUUCCACCCAAUGUUCUUCACACACGAUAGGUCAUUUGAAGAGUUCUUCUGUAUUUGCAUCCAGCUGUUGAAUAAGACAUGGAAGGAGAUGAGAGCAACGUCUGAAGAUUUCAACAAGGUAAUGCAAGUGGUGAGGGAGCAAAUAAUGAGAGCACUGACCACGAAGCCUAGUUCUCUGGAUCAGUUCAAAAGCAAACUACAAAAUUUAAGCUACGCAGAAAUACUGAAAAUCCGCCAGUCUGAGAGGAUGAACCAGGAAGACUUCCAGUCUCGUCCAAUUUUGGAGCUAAAGGAGAAGAUUCAGCCUGAAAUUUUAGAGUUAAUUAAGCAGCAGCGUCUUAAUCGUCUUGUCGAGGGAACCUGCUUUAGGAAACUCAACAGUCGACGACGGCAAGACAAGUUUUGGUAUUGCCGACUCUCACCGAACCACAAAGUUUUGCAUUAUGGAGAUUUGGAAGAGAGUCCCCAGGGAGAAGUUCCACAUGAUUCAUUACAGGAGAAGUUGCCUGUGGCAGAUAUAAAAGCAGUCGUGACAGGGAAGGAUUGCCCUCACAUGAAGGAGAAAGGAGCCCUUAAACAAAACAAGGAGGUGCUGGAGCUAGCUUUUUCUAUACUGUAUGAUUCAAAUGGUCAACUAAAUUUCAUUGCUCCUGACAAGCAUGAGCACUGUGUGUGGACAGAUGGCCUAAAUGCCCUUCUUGGAAAGGAUAUGAUGAGCGAACUGACACGCAAUGACUUGGACACUCUGCUCAGUAUGGAGAUAAAACUGCGCCUCCUGGAUCUGGAGAACAUACAGAUCCCUGAUGCUCCACCACCUAUUCCAAAGGAACCAAGCAAUUAUGACUUUGUGUAUGACUGUAACUAAAUUGACUGUCACUGCAGAGACUUAAACUGGAAGUGUUGUAACUGGAGAGCUGUGUUUUUUAAAAAAUGGAAAAGAAGAGAACAAAAUAUGCACAUUGGACUUCAUCUGGGGUGAACUAUAAAACAUAUUAUUCCCCCUCACUUUUUACCCUUCUGUCUGACAACAUCUCCCCCAUAACUAAUAGGGAAAAAAACACUUGACUUCAUUAACUUCUUGCAUCUGGAGAAGAUCAAAUGAACAGUCAAAUAAAAGAGUGUCCUGAGAGAAAAUUCCCUAUUCUUGAAAUGCUGGAGUACACAUUCCCAGAAAAAGGACAGUUUGGCCAAACUGCAGAACCACCAAACCAAAUCCAGCAUUACAGGUGCUUUAACUGCAAGGAAAGAAGGGAUGAAACUACUGUAAGUGGAGUGUGGAGUGAGGUAUAGUCUCCUUCUCUCCACUACGAACCGUAGGGUCAACUAAAUAGCCAAGCUCGGUGAAAAUGAAGAUGAUGAAUGACAUUCCAUUUCUACGCCAUUGUUGUCAUGGCCCCCCUCCGCUUUACUUUCCAUUAACACCAGCAUCUACCCCCACCAUUUGUGCUCUGUCAAGUAAUGGAUUCUUAAGAUGAUAAAGAAUCCACAGGUCUUUGCUAUGAACAUUUUUAACCUCUUAAUAGCCAUGUCUUAAUAUCUCACCUCCAUGAUUUUUCCCGUUUUAAUGCAGUCAGUUGUUUUAUGUUCCUGUCAUGUAAUUACAUAUCACUAAAACCGGUGGGCAUUUUUUGUCCUGGAUGGGGUGGAUUAUUUUGUGUGCAAAGUGGCAGAUGCCAUAGAUACUGCAAAGUGUGAUAGAUUCAGGUUUUCAUCCUAGAAAGGAGAUUUGCAAGGGAUUUGAUUUUGUACAAAAAACUUGAAAAAACAUUGCCAAAUAUAUAUUUAAUUAAGAGCAAAAUUGUAUUGUGUGCUACUUAAAACAUAAUCUGUGUUUUAAUUUACAUUUGUUACCUGGAACAUUUGCCCUGAGAGAGAAAAUAUGCACCAAACAUUCCCAUCAUCAACAUUGUUGUUGAAUAAAAUUGAAGUUGUGCUUAUUCUUGAAAA